UCUUUCCUUUCUUUUUGUUUUUCUGAGGGACAACAUGGCCAAUCCCGAGGAAAAGUCCAUGGACGUUCGCACCAAUCAGCGACCCAGCCUUGGAGUGGCGUUGUGCCGUACUCGACAAAUCCUCCUGGUUCAGGUAGGCCACAGAGGUGACAACAGGUAUCCUCAACCACAAGUUCUUUCGCGUGGCUACAAUGGAAGGUCUUAAUGGACUUUCAUAAAAAGAAUCUCCUCUGACUAUGGAACAUACCAUGUGACAUGACCGUGACUGAGAAUAAUUAAGUGCUGUACAGACAAACUGGCAAUGAAUACUAAACGGUGUAAACUGUGCUACAUUAUCUAUGUAUAUGAUUAACUCGGAAUUUCCUGAUUUUAAUUUUAGAUGGCGAUAAGGGAUGACUUAAAUGAUGAUAAAUGGUUCUUAUCAUAUUCAAUUUUACAACAGUUAGAAAAACAACAAGGUGAUUAUAUAGUCUUAACUAUAAGCCUUCGAUUUAUAGUCUUAAAUACCUUAAUUCACUUCGAAAACGUUAACUGUAGGAUUAUUACCCAUGACAUGGAGCAGCUAAGCCUGCAACAUUUUCAGUUUAAAAUCUGAAUGUAAGGUCCUGGAAGUUAAAUGUUUUCAAGUGUACAUUGCCAUUUUUGUAUGAACAACCAAUAGGGAGUCAAGACAGUGAGCUCAUAGUUAAAUAGGACACAUCUGUUUUCACUCACAUUGUUCACAGAGAGCACACACGCAUGCUAUCACAUAUGGUUAGACAAAUUAGUACUGAAGAAGAGUUUAGUGACAGUAAAUCUUUUCAAAGAGGGACUUUGCUGAAGUUACCGCCUCAGCAUUUUUUCUUCUUCAAAACAACAACCUAAACGAUCUAAGGAUAGAAUGACCAUGGCCCACCCUUAAGUUUCCUGAAGGGGGCUGUGACAUCACAGAGGGGGCCGACAGAGCACAGCGCUCUAUCUGGGACAGAGAGAGAGAGGCAGAGGCCGCCCCCUCACCACCCCCUUCCUUUCCCACAGUAAACGGGAAGACUGGAUGAGGCCAGAGAGGGAAGCCAAACACACUGCUGGAGAAGAAGGAGCUCAAACAGCUGCAGACAAGAAGGACAAAGAAAGAGCCGGAACACAGGAGGCAUGAACAAGCCCCAGGAAAAGGUGAAAAAUCUCCAGUCUUCGUACACCCUCAACUUAGAACGGAGAUUCAAGCAGGAAGUUACACCGGAGAAGAAAAACCUGAAGACAAAGGAAGACAUUUCAAAGCCAUCCGCCAAGGAGAAGCAGAGGCAGUCGAAUAUGAGCGCUCAGGUAUCUAAAAGCUCAGCUCAGAGGCUCAGCAGAGACCUGACCUGCUCCAUCUGUCUGGACCUCUUCAAGCAGCCUGUCUCCCUGCCCUGCGACCACACAUUCUGCCAGGGAUGCAUAUCUGGCUACUGGGCUGGCCCCAGAGUAGGGACAGGCUCCUGCCCCCAGUGCAGGAAGGUGUUCCCUGGCCAGAGCUACAGGCCCAAUCGAAUCGUGGCCAAUAUCGUGGAGAGCUACUGCCAGGGGCUGGAGGAAAGUGAGGCCGGGGCCGGGGUCGGGAUUCGGCUGGGGGACGUCGAGGGCGCUGAGAAACCCGCUGCCCCGCUCUGCGUGCGGCACAAGGAGGAGCUGAAGCUGUACUGUGAGGAGGACCAGGAGCUGGUGUGCCUGGUGUGUGGGCUCUCUCAAGAGCACAGGAACCACAACAUGGUGUGUGUCCUGGAGGCACAGCAGAGACACAGGGCUUCUCUCAACAGCUCCAUGGACUCCCUGAAGGCAGAGCUGAACACUGCCCUGCAGUGUGAGCGAGAGGCGGAGGACGAGGUGAAGAAGCUCAAGGAGCACACGGCCGACCUGAAGCAGCGCAUCGAGGCCCAGUUCAGCGACCUGCACACCUUCCUGUACCAGGAGGAGAAGCUGGUGCAGGUCAAGUUGAAGACAGAGGAGAGGCGGGAGCUGAUCCGAUUGGACGAGCACAAGGCGCUGCUGUGCGUGGAGGUCUGCCGCCUGCAGAGGGCCCUGCACGACAUCGAGGACAAGCUGAGGGAACAGGACCCCUUCUCCCUGCUCCGGAACAUUAAGACCCUUCUGCAGAGGCCGUCCCUGAAGUUUGAGAAGCCCGUGCUCACUGCGCCCAGCCUGUGCGAGGGGCGCUUUGCGGGGCCGCUGCAGUAUCGCGUGUGGAAAUCCCUGAAAGGAAGCAUCUAUCCAGUUCCCGCAGCCAUCACCUUCAACUCCAGCACAGCCAACCCCUGGCUGAGCCUCACCUCCUCCCUCACCUGUGUCCGCUACCAAAGCUUCAACCACUCCGUUCAGGACAACCCCCACAGGUUCAACGCCGCCCUGUCGCUGCUGGGCAGUCAGGGUUUCACCCACGGACGCCACUACUGGGAGGUGGAGGUGUACAGCAGCACCGUGUGGACCGUCGGGGUGGCGCGGGAGUCGGUGUCCAGGAAGGGAGUCAUCAAGGCCCUGCCGGCGAACGGCUUCUGGACUCUGUCCCUGUCCUAUGGGAUCCAGUACAGGGCUGGGACGGCCCCCCCUACCGUGCUGUCCCUGGAGGAGCCGCUGGCUAGGAUCGGGGUCUACCUGGACUACAAGAGGGGUCUGGUGUCUUUUUACAAUGCAGAGACCAUGACACAUCUGUACACCUUUAGGGAGGUCUUCAGGGAAACGCUUUACCCUUACUUCAACCUCGGAUUCCUGGAUAAAGUCCAUGAAAACGAGCCUCUGAAAGUUUUCCUCCCCAAGAUCUGACUGAGGCUGGCUGGCUGGCAGGACCAGAAGUCAUUGACCAGGAGAGAGGGAGAGAGGGACAUGAGGGUCAAUUAACUGCCCAAAAGACACAUCUCACCUAAAAUCACAUAAUAAGAACUCUCCCCAUUUAAACGGACUGACAAAGCUUGAGACUUCCUGAAAUUUCAGUUCAAGUUUCAAUUUCAAAGGCUUGAAGUCCUCCUGCCGACAUCUCUAUGACGUUUUGAGAUACAGUAGAAGAGAAGAUCUACUAUCAAAACAGAGAGAAACAUGCUUAAACCAGUAUCCAAAUCAUAUUUUUUUAAAGCCUGAAUUUACUUCAUGACAGCACUGCAGGACUGCUUUGUUUUGGCGUGAAUAGAAUAAUACAUAUCAGGGUUUCCUGCAGGAAAAUGUGUCAGUUAAGGUGGUUGGGUGGAGUUUGCAGUCAGACCGGAGGGACGACGACGACGACUCCGUAGUUAAGGCGGCAGGCAUGGGUUGCUUAGGCGGCCGCCUUCACUGAAAGUGCUGCGGGUUACCCUGCAUGUUAUUAUCAUGCAAAACAUCUGUCAGGUAAGUUUGUGUACUACAAAGGUCUACUGCAGAAAUAAAUGCAUUGUCCAUUAUAAUCCUCUUUUCUUGUAUACCUAAUCAUGUAUUUGAGAUAUCCUGUAUAACCAUCUAUCACACUGAGCAAGCCAUUUCUAAAUA